AUGCAGGGUGGUAAGAACCGCAGGAGAGGAAAGAACGAGAACGACGAUGACAAGCGCGAGCUCGUCUUCAAGGAGGACGGUCAAGAAUAUGCGCAGGUGACCAAGAUGUUGGGCAAUGGGCGUCUUGAGGCGCAGUGCUUUGAUGGUGAAAAACGACUUGCGCACAUUCGUGGUAAGAUGAGGAAGAAGGUCUGGAUCAACCAGGGCGAUAUCAUCUUGCUGUCGCUUCGUGAAUUCCAGGACAACAAGGCGGAUGUCAUCGUGAAAUACACCGCAGACGAAGCUCGAAGUCUGAAAGCAUACGGCGAGCUCCCCGAAAACGCCAAGAUCAACGAAACGACAGGUGGCGAAGACGGAGCUGACGAGGAGUGCGGAUUCGAGUUUGGUGGUGAUGGCGAGGACGAGGAACUCGACAUCGAUGACAUCUAA